GCGAUCGAACUGGCGAAAGGAGAGCCUCCUAACAGCGAGCUACAUCCCAUGAGGGUCCUUUUCCUCAUACCUAAGAACAAUCCACCACAGUUAACUGGGAAUUACACGAAACAGUUCAAAGAGUUCGUCGAGGCGUGCUUAAAUAAGGAUCCCGAGAACAGGCCAACGGCGAAAGAGCUUUUAAAGUUCCAAUUCAUAAGGAAGGCAAAGAAGAACUCGUACUUGAUCGACCUGAUCGACAGGUACAAGAAGUGGAAGUCACAACGAAGCGAGGAGUCCGAGACGGAGAGCGAGAAUUCAGACUCGGAGGAAUCAAAGCAAGAUAGCGACAUGGACGAGCCAUGGAUAAUGACGGUGAAGGGUCCACAUGGAGUUAAAGGAUCCGUAGUACCUAUGUUGCCACUGGACGAGCAACCUACCUCGUUGACCGUGACUCACACACUGAAUCAUAGGUCCUCGAACCAUAAUCAACAAACGAAACCGCAUGCGAAUGGAGCCUCGCGAUCGCCACCUAAGGAAUCAACGUUGAAUCAUUACAGAAGUGAUUCCAGAGAUUCCCUACGUGACGGACAAAGCAAGCACACAACACCGUUGAGACCUCACGAAGCUGCACCACCACCACCGAUCGACACGCGAGAGAAAAGAGACGAGCGAGAUUUUCGCGAUUCCAGCAGAGAAUCAACUCUGAGGGAGCCAAAGGAAUUACGUGAUAGCAGGGAAAGGGAUAGGGAUGGUAGAGACAGGGAACGGGAUAGGGAAGGUAGAGAAAGGGGGGAUGCUGUUACGAGAGAUAAAAGAAACAGUAAACCGGACGUACCAGUGGUACCAAUGGUCGACCAUAGAUCUACCGAGGACAAGCAACAGCGACCAAGGAGUUCACAAGAACUUAAACAUCCACGAAGCGCUGCCCUAUCGGCCGUCGUCUUGCCCCUUCUAUCAGAGCUCCAACGAAAGCACCAGUAUUCCGCGCGAGACAAUAACGGCGAAGGUGGAAGUGGCGUUGGAAAAAAUGGUGGCGCGAUAGAAGAACUACGUGGUGCCUUUGAAAUGGCUGAACGUACGUCUCCAGGAAUGACCGAAGCUCUUAUCAGGGAACUUCUUAAAUCAUUGCUUCCGGCCAAUCACUCGGAGGGUCGUCUAUCCAUGCUAAUGGAGAAAGUUAUAUUGAGGGAUACGUAGGGACGCGAGAGGUCGAAGGUUCGCAAGAGAUUGUGGUCCGAAAAUGUCCUGACAUUAUAAUCGUUCGUUACUUCUCUAUUAUCAAGCUUAUUUAUCACUCCGAGCCAGCUCAUCGUUAAAACGCCAUUUCCGAACUUGAAGAAAAGCUAUAGCAGAAACGAGGAUCGUCGUGAUUAAUAUACGAGUAUGCGUUUACAUCUUUUUAAAUAACUUUAAUGGCCGAAUUACAACGAAAUCUAUCGAACCUUUAUCCAAACGAAUUAAUCUAAAGAAGAAAAAAAACAAAAAAAAAACAAAAACAAAAACAAAAAAAAGAAUAAUAAAAGAAGAUAAAAAAGUAGGAAAGAAAAAAGGAAAAAAAAGAGAGGAAGAGAAAAGAAUUACCACGAGGUUUUUCAUCUAUUUUCAACGUUAACACUUUUCAAUAUUUCUAAUCUAAUGGGUCCCUUUUAUAUAUAUAUAUAUAAAUAUAAAAGGGAAAUACCCUGUUGCCUAGAAUUCUUCGAAAUAAGUUCCUAUUCGUGUAAUUACGAAUUCUCGUUUGCUGAGAGAAAAGGGGAAAAAAAGAAAAAAAAAAAAAGAAAGAAAGAAAGAAAGAAAGAGAACGAGAAAAACACUUCGUUUAGGAAUUUUUUUUCAAAUGCAUAAUGUAUGUGAACCUUUUAGAUAAAUUAUUUUCUAUAUUAGAUAAAACGCUUACGAGUGUGGUUGCUAUUCUCAUGAAAAACUCCUAACAACCGAGUCCCUCGUGUCCAAUAAAAUAAUAAAAUCUGCCUUUUUACUUUCCUAAGUGUAUUACAUAUUGCAUAUUUUAAAACGCAAAACGUUUAUUACGACGAUCGAUGAAAUCCCGAGAUCCCUAUAUGCGAAAUAAGACGUUUAAGUAGAGAUAUAUAAAAUACGUAUCUUAAAUAAUAUAUAUCUUUUUACGACUUUCUUCAUGUUCGGCUCGAAUAAAAAUUUACAUACGACGAUAGCACAGCGUGAAUAAUAUUAAAGAACUAUAAUGCAGGCUCGGUCAAAAUGUCCAAUGGAGAUAGAAAUCGAAGAGAAAUUCGUUGAUCGCGGAUCUUGCCUCUGUAAUAAUAACGCAUUCGAAACGUGCACGAGCAAGGUUUAGUAUAUUACAAAAGAGGGGGGUGGGGUUAUAAAAAGAAAAAGGAAAAAAAGAAGAAAGAAAAUAAAAAAGAGCGAAGAAAAAAAAAAUAAUAAUAAACAAGCAAACAAACAAAGAAAAUACAAGCUACUUUUGCGUACUAUGAGUGGGAAAAAAAAAGUAUUCUUCGCAAUGCGUCGUUAUCGAAUACUUUUUUCUUCUUUUUUUUCUUUUUUUUUUUUUUUUUGUUUUCGUUGAACUUUUAAGCAAAAGAACAAUGCUGCGCUUCUCGGAUAAAAAUGGAUCAUCCGUACUACAUUUUGUUUUUCCUCCCGUCCGGAUUAAAUUAUUUAAUUCGGAAUAGUUCAUAUUAUAUCGAAGAUAACGAUUUCUUCGAUAUUAGGCCAAUCGAAUCAUCAACGGAUGAAUGAAAAAUGUUCAUCCGGUUGUUAUAAAUUCGCCUUCCUAUCGCUUACUCUGCUAGUGCAUGUUUCGGAUUCUUUCUUAAGGCAGAGAGAUUUAAAAGAUUAACUCUGGUAACUUCUCUACUAGAGAACCAUUGUAAAUAUGUAUGUAGUACAAUAAGAUAGUCUUCUUGUUCUUGAUCGACCUUUUUGCGUAUUGACUCGCUCGGUGGUUCCUUUCUUCGAUGAUAUUCCUCUGAUGUCUAUUGAAAGGAAAAAGAAAAAAAGAAAAAGAAAAAGAAAAAAAAAAAAAAGAGAAAAAAAAGAGUAAAAGAAAGAAAUAAGAAACAAAAAAAAAAACAAAAAUAUACGAAUCGUUUUACAAAUGUUUCGAAUAUCUUAGCUUUCUGUCAUUUGUUCCUUCGAAUAGUUUAUAGAAGAAGAAGAAAAAGGAAGUAAUAAAAAAAAAAAAAAAAUAAAUAAAUAAAUAAAUAAAAGUAAAAAAAUUCUUCUCUUAAAACGCGAUAUAAUAAUAUCUCGGACUGUGGGAAUGUCUCGAUUCAAUUUUGAGCGGCGAGACGAGGAGAUAUCUGCAAAAUGUCGAUUCUUAAUCCACGUUGUUUGUAAACACUAAUGUAUUUUAUAAAAUAUAUAAUAUAGAAAAAAUUCCUCGUAAGAGAAUGGAUUGAGAGAGAGUGAGAGAGAGAGAGAGAGAGAGAGAGAGGGUGGGUGAUGAAGAGAAAUACAAAAAAAAAAUAUCUACAGGAAAUAAAGAACGAGAGCGAAAGGGAGCGUGGCAGGGGCGAGAGGGAGAGAGAGAGAGAGAGAGAGAGAGAGAGAGAGAGAGAAAAGGAAUAAAAGCAAAAAAUUAGAAGAUUAAAAGAUAUGAAAAGAUUAAAUGCAACGACGUAAAGCUCUCUUUCGCUUUAGUCAAAAAUGCAAUAUCGCGAAAUUG